UUCUCCAUCUCGCCGCAGUGUUGUUUCUAUCUCCUUUGCUCACAUUGGAUGUUAUUACGUGAAAUUCCAAGACGCGUUUUGGUAUUUAACUCGAUCGCUACCUGCGUUGACGUAAACAACAUUUUGCUCGCUUCCGUGAUUGUUAAUAACCGAUCCCCGUCGUUAGCAUUGGGGCUAUCGACUUACAUAAUGUUGUGUUAAUAAGCUGGCGAUGAGGCUAGCUUACUUAGCAGUAAAGUGUUUUUAGAAAUAAACACCGCAUUAUCUCUUAACAAGCGCGUCCAAGGCGGUCGUUCGACUGACAUGGUCUUCAGAAGAAUACACAUCAGCAUAGGCUAUGCUAGUUUCGGUGCCUUGGUUGGACUAUCGGCUUUUUUGGUGUGGAAUAUCGUCUAUCAUCAGCCAUGGACGGCGGCUAUGGGAGGCCUCUCAGGAGUGUUGGCUGUCUGGGCUUUGGUCACACACAUCAUGUACCUCCAGGACUACUGGCGCACAUGGCUCAAAGGCCUCAAGCUCUUUAUCUGCGUGGGUUUGCUCUUCAGUGUCCUGGCCGUGACCGCUUUCAUCACCUUCUUGACGCUGGCUAUCACGCAGAAGCAAUCUGUGACUGACCCAAGGAGUCUGUACCUGUCGUGCGUGUGGAGCUUCAUUACCCUCAAGUGGGCCUCCCUCCUUGUCAUGUACUCGUUUCGAUAUCGGCAGGAGUUUGCAGACAUCAGCAUCCUCAGCGAUUUUUAGUUGGAUGCGACAGACUUUGAGGGUUCUCUGGAUUGGGCCUUGAGGACAUUUUUGGAACGUAAGGAUUUUAGGUGAUAGUUGCCUUGGCUUUGACCACCAAGAGUUGCGCUCGUGUCAUUGUAUUAACAUAUGUUGAAACUAACACACUUCUUGUUUUCAAGUGCAUGUCUCAACCACAAGGCUAGUUUCUGUUACAUUUAAAAAAAAAAAAAUCACCAUCCUGACUGGUUUCAGAACAUGCUGCUCCAAUGAAAUUUGCUUGGCAACGUUGUUCUCAGAAAACCAUUAAUGGCUGUUUUCUGCUUGUAUUUUUCCAGAAACAGCAUUUGAAAACUGAUUGUCAGUAUAUCAGCCAAAAAAAACAAAGGGCACCGUAAGCAAUGUUUUUUUGAAAGUUAUUUGAUGUACUCCAACUUCUAAUGUGUUUGAUAGAGUCAUGACUCUGUAUUUACACUGUAUGGGUUGAAGUGACGCCAUUCUGAUCUUUAUUUGUUUUUUUGGGGGGCGGGGGGACUUGGCUGCCACAAUUAUAUUAUGAUACGUGUCACGGCAGUACAAAUUAAAAUCUUGGAAUCAAAAAUACAGAACGAGUUGGCGAAUAGUGAAAGUCCAUCUAUAACCGACACCCAUUGUAAUACAUUUGCGCAUUUAUUUUUUAAAACCUCCAAAUUCUUUAAAAACAGAAGCAAAUAUCAUUAAAAAUAUGCUACAUUGGAUGUAUGUUGAUCAUCAAACAAGGACACCAUUGCCAAAAGCCUAAACUAUGUAAGGUUUUAUCUUUGUAUUAUUUAUGUAUUAUUCUUCUGUGUUCACAUUUUAAACCACCCUACGUAUUGACGAAAGUCGUGCUAACUGGUAUUUUUGGACAAGUAAGCAAGCAAGCAUUAACUGUUGGUGUGCCUGUGUGUAGUGUUGCUUUACACAAUGACCCUGUCAGCUUCUUGUAUUGGCAUGCAUACGUACAUUUUGUUGGUCUGUGUGAACAAAAUCUUGCUAUACUCUAUGCUAAUAGGCGAGCAAUCUGUGCUUUAUUUUUACAGUAUGACAAAGCAAAGGCCAGGCACAUAUUGAGUAGCGUCUCACCUAAAGGCCAAGUCAGAUAUGUCGUAUAAAGUCUUUGCAAGAAUCCAUCUGUUUUAAGCUUCAAAUA